AUGAGGCUCGGAUUCUCUACAGCGGCAGUGGCCCUAGUUAGCCAGGAACGCCAAAAGGGAGGUCUACCUAGAGGCGCCGAUAACGCUGCACGAGCUCGACGAUUCGAGGACGUGCUGCACGCAAAUGAUAUGGCUGGACCUUUUUCUUGUCAAGAUGAGGGUGUCGGCACUCCAAACGACGGAGUCGAAAGAAAAAUCAUCGCCAACGUUGACCUUUGUCGGCAGACCGUCGAGCGCGCAGACCGUCUCGAUGGCCCCGGUGGCCGACGGUACGGAUAUGCAAAUCGUAUCGCUAGCGGCCGAGAUUGUCGGGUCGAUGUGGAGACAGUCCAAAAUUGUCGGGUGACCCUACUUGGAUUGGGCGCGGCUCCAGCCGUACACAGCAUCGAGAUGCUCGCACGAAAAAUGAGACAGCCGCUUGAAAAAGGCCGGACCGUCGUCCCGGCAUUUAAAGAACGCGGUCGGGGCGCAAAGGCGGCGAAAGAAGUCAGGACGCUUGCGCACGAGGUUAAAAUAUUCUGUCUCUUAUGA